GCCCAGGCCCGUAUUCGCCCAGUACGUCCGCCUCCUGCCAGUAGACAGCAAGUUGUUUUUCGGCCUUCGCUUUGACGUCUUAGGGUGCAUGUCUGACGACACCACUCUCAACAUCUUAUGCAGCAUCACAGCCAUCGACCUCGGCACCGACGGUUCAAUGAAGAUGCGGUGCCCACCGGGCUGCGCCCAAGCCGGCCACAAGGUCUACGGAACACGGCUCUACAAACAGGACUCAAACAUCUGCGUGGCCGCUAUUCACUCGGGCGUCAUUGAGAACGAGAUCGGAGGAGAUGUGACUUUGCUGAAGAGACUGCCACAGAAAGCCUACAAAGGCUCCACCUGUAACGGAAUCACCUCGACAGUAUAUAAUCUGGAUCCGUUUCCGUCUUUCACUUUUGCUGACAUGGCCCCUGGACACACGCGGACUGGACUGAACGACCUGGUCAAUCGCGGCAGAUUCGUGUGGUCGCACCGCCAGAAGGUGACCUUCACCAACUGGGCUCCGGGAGAACCUGCCCGCCUUUUUCUCUUUUUUUUAUUUUAUUUUUUUAAAGAAAGCUUUUGACCACUAGUGAUAAUCCUAGGAU